CCUGUUUUGACUGCGCUGGAUCCUGUAUGUCCUUCUGCGGUCACCGUAGUUUGUCUCCAUCUUUGUGUACACGGUAGAGUCAUAGGGAAGGUAGCAGUUUAUUUAUUUUUGCGGAUAAAAGACAAGCAACUCUCAGGUCUGUAACCAUGUCUGACAAAAGCGAACUGAAAGCAGAGCUUGAGCGCAAGAAACAGCGCCUGGCUCAAAUCAGGGAGGAGAAGAAAAGGAAAGAGGAGGAGCGGAAGAAGAAAGAAGCUGAUCAGAAGAAGGAAGUGGCCCCGCCCCAGGAUGACUCUGACCUGGAGAAGAAGCGGCGUGAGACAGAGGCUUUGCUCCAGAGCAUGGGCAUUACACCUGACGCUCCAGUUGCGCAACCACUCCGAGUAGUAACAGAGGAUACCUGUCUAUUUCACUAUUUAGUCCCUCCACCUAUGUCUCCGUCCUCUAAGUCUGUGAGCACGCCAAGCGAGACUGGGAGCCAAGACUCUGGUGAUGGCGCCGUUGGAGCUAGGACACUUCAUUGGGACACUGAUCCAUCAGUUCUACAACUUCACUCUGAUUCUGAUCUGGGACGAGGCCCCCUUAAACUUAGAAUGGGCAAAAUUACACAUGUGGAUUUCCCCCCACGUGAAGUUGUAUCCUACACAAAGGAAACCCAGACCCCAGUUGUGACGCAGCAGAAAGAAGAAGAUGAUGAGGAAGAGGAGACUGCCCCACUCAAACCGGUGAUAGAACCCGAGGAGGAGAAGGCAGUGCAAAAGGAGGAGGAAGAAGCUCCUCCUCAUGAACUGACUGAAGAGGAAAAGCUGCAGGUUCUCCACUCGGAGGAGUUUCUGUCUUUCUUUGAUCACAGCACCCGCAUCGUGGAGCGGGCCCUCUCUGAACACGUGGAUGUGUUCUUUGACUACAGCGGCAGGGAUUUAGAAGAGAAGGAAGGAGAGAUCCAGGCUGGAGCUAAACUGUCUUUAAACAGACAAUUCAUGGAUGAACGUUGGUCAAAGCAUCGUGUUGUUACCUGCUUGGAUUGGUCAUUUCAGUAUCCUGAACUGCUUGUUGCCUCAUACAACAACAACGAGGAUGCCCCCCAUGAGCCAGAUGGUGUGGCCCUUGUGUGGAACAUGAAAUACAAGAAAACCACACCAGAGUAUGUCUUUCAUUGCCAGUCAGCAGUGAUGUCGGCUGCUUUUACAAAAUUUCAUCCAAACCUAGUUGUUGGUGGCACGUAUUCUGGCCAGAUAGUUCUGUGGGAUAACCGCAGCAAUAAGAGGACUCCAGUGCAGAGGACUCCGCUCUCCGCUGCUGCACACACGCAUCCAGUGUACUGUGUGAACGUGGUGGGUACUCCGAAUGCUCACAACCUGAUCAGCAUCUCAACCGAUGGGAAAAUGUGUUCCUGGAGUUUGGACAUGCUGUCUCAGCCACAGGACAGUAUGGAAUUGGUCCACAAGCAGUCCAAGGCUGUAGCUGUCACCUGCAUGUCCUUCCCACUGGGCGAUGUCAACAACUUUGUGGUGGGAAGUGAAGAGGGCUCUGUGUACACUGCAUGUCGUCAUGGAAGCAAAGCUGGAAUCAGUGAGAUGUUUGAAGGGCACCAGGGACCGAUUACAGGUAUCCAUUGUCACACAGCAGGAGGACCAGUCGAUUUCUCCCACCUGUUUGUCACCUCAUCCUUUGACUGGACAGUGAAACUGUGGUCAACCAAGAAUAACAAGCCACUUUACUCAUUUGAGGAUAACUCAGACUAUGUUUAUGAUAUCAUGUGGUCCCCCACCCACCCAGCCUUGUUUGCUUGUGUUGAUGGAGUAGGCCGACUUGAUCUAUGGAAUCUCAACAAUGACACAGAGGUACCUACAGCAAGUAUAACAGUGGAAGGAAAUCCAGCCUUGAAUCGUGUGAGAUGGGCACAUUCUGGCAGAGAAAUUGCUGUUGGAGACUCAGAUGGGCAGAUACUCAUUUAUGAUGUUGGAGAGCAAAUCUCAGUUCCACGCAAUGAUGAAUGGACACGUUUUGCCCGCACACUUGCAGAAAUCAACGCGAACAGAGCGGAUGCAGAAGAGGAAGCUGCUGCGCGUUUAUCAGCCUGAUUUACUGGAUAAGAAGCACAGACAGAGUAGGGACCAGUCGCAGGUUUUUGUACAACAAAGCAAAAAAAAUGUACUUUGUACGGUUAGGUGUACUAGCCACUAUAUCAAAAGAAUACACACAAUUGUGUACUUUAAACUUGUUUUUCUUUUUAAAUCUUCCAGCAAGAAUGGUCAGUUUUCUAAGACAAUAGGCACAUUGUAUACUUUACUGGGUAUUUCUAAAUGUCUCGAUGAAGUGAUACAGUACACACAGGUUUCUAUUUAAAAACAGUUUAAUAGGGCUAUCAAACUGUAAAAACUAAAAUGCUGCACAACCAUUUAUCAUAUUGGCUUUUGCAUUAAAUUAGCAAAAACUAUUAUAUCAGUGAUUCUGCCAGUUCUACCAAAAUCCUUAAAUCUCAACAUGUAUUAUCUUAGAGAACUAAUUAAAAUGUCAGGUUUUGCAUCUUGGCACUUCAGGUUAGCUGCAUAUAUCACUGUAUUGGUACACUCUCUCCUUAUGCUUUGCAUUCCCUGUGUGAGGCUCACUUGAUAAAAUAGCCAAUACCAUAAUUGCUGUCAUGAUUGAUAAGUGUGCUCACUACCUUGGCUGCUAUGUCCCUAUGAAAAUAUAGUAAUUUAAUCAUUUAUUCAUUAUAUGCAAAAUUGUAGUAUGCUCUUGUCAAAUAACCUAAACUGUUAACCUUCAUAAAGUAUGUAUUUUACACAGCAACUUGAAUCCCCUUCUUGAAUUAAUGGAAAGCAGAACCAGACCUACUUUGUUAAAAUGCUCCAUUUCAGAAAUGCAGCUCCAAUUUGUUGAUAAAGCCAUGUGAUGAACAAGAUGUUAACCACCAGUUUAAAGGGGUAAUAUACUUAAGAGCAUGAAAUAUGGUGUAAACACUUCCCUGGAAUGAUGAAAAGUGUAUAAGGUAAACAUUUUGGGUAGUCCAAUAUUGCUAAAAGAAACCCUUAAAUAUGAUAUUAAAACUACAGCAUGAAGAAAAAAAAAACUGAUCAGGAAAUGUAGUUCUAAUGUUUUUUUUAGUCUGUCUGCAAGUUUCAAUUUAUAGCCAUUGAUAUAUGACAUUAUUUAUAACAUGUUUGAUUUUGUUUUGUUCUAAAUACUAUUUACUUGCCUUGUUAAUUGACUUGAAUUACAAGAUAUUCCAAAUUAUAAAUAACGUUUUAAAUACACAAUUCAGCCAAAUGUUAAUGAUUUACUUCAAUAAAAUACAUUACAAGAAAAUGAUACAUGAUUUAAUUAUUUACUAACACUUGUCAUGAUUUUUUAUUUUAAUAAAACAAUUUUAAAACAUCUGUACAUCAUUUUAAGCAACUCAUUAUAACUGCAGCAAUGCUUAAUAAAUGUGAUUUAAUUAUUUAAUGCUGUGAUGUUUCUGUACAAAGAUGUACAAUAUCUACAGUUACACUGAAAGCAAAUCGUAAAGCACUAUUCAUGCUAAUAUUUUAAAAAGUUAAAAAUGCAGAAAUGAGGCCUUGAAAUUAGCAGUUUCUUAAAAGCAAACCAUUUGUUUCAAGCCAAGUUAUAUGGGGAAAAAAAAUACAAUAUAUGUGACCUCUCAGCUCAACCAACAUGCAGCCAAUCAGUUCAAUUCAGGACAUAAA